AUGAAAGAGUUGUGGAAAUUCAUUUGGGCGUUGAUCGCUGUCGCAACGAUCAUUGCUGCUCAGGCGCCAAAGAUAGACUUAGCAUUACUAGGCCCUAUCUACCAGCCAGCGGCCAACAGCUCGUUCAAAGCAUUCGACGAUGCCCGUGCUCAGGCGACCGAGGCUAUCAAACAGAUCAUUUCCUCCGGAAAUAGUACUUAUGGGCCAUUUGAUCAAGACACAACAUCAUUUUCUGUGUCGGUCUUCAGCAAGAAUGACGAUGCACUGUUGUUUGAAUUCCACUAUGAGGCAUCUGAAUUGAAUGGAUCAUAUACUAAGGGCAGUUUGACAGAAAACACUAUCUAUCGUACAGGGAGUCUAGGCAAGCUUAUGACAGUGUAUACGUGGCUUGUGAAUAUUGGCGAUUCUGUCUUCUCCGAUCCAAUCACAAAGUAUAUUCCUGAGCUUGCGCAAGCAGAAGCAUCUUACAUAGAUCCUAUUCUCUCAACAAAUUGGAGCGAAAUCACCAUCGGUGCUCUAGCAUCUCACCAGUCUGGCCUUGGCCGUGAUUGGCACCUUACCGAUAUGGCACUCACUACCUUUGAACAACCACCAGUAUCGGUUGUAGAACAGAGUGGAUAUCCUGUACUCGCAAAUGACGAGGUCGUUCAGUGUAACUUUUAUGGAAACCAACCAAGUUGUACGAGGUCACAGGCGCUCGACGGUAUAAUCAACCAUCCACCAUCCUUUCUACCAUACUCAACCCCUUCAUACUCGAAUAUUGCAUUCAUCCUUCUUAGUCUAGCGUACGAAACCAUCACUGGCGAGUCGAUAGACCAGGGUCAGCACGAGGUUCUCAACUCAAGGCUAGGAAUGGUUUCGACCACACCAAGGCCUCCUGGGGGCGAGAUUGAUGCUAUAAUCCCUUUUAAUGACACCUUUGCACGUUUUCAUCAUGACCUCGGACUUUUGUCACCUGUUGGUGGUCAAUACACCACUUUGAAAGAUUUGCAAACCUGGGGCAGAGCGAUCCUCAACAGCACGCUACUACCGCGUGCUCAAACAGAUCGUUGGCUUAAGCCGAGGUCAUUCACAUCACAGUGGCACUCAGCUGUCGGAGCCCCGUUCGAGAUAUACAGACAUCCAAUACCAGCAAAUUCAAUCAUCAAUUCCAGUCGCAUCAUAGACACAUAUUGCAAGCAAGGCGGUCUCUUUGUAUAUUCGACUUAUUUUGGUCUUGUCCCUGAUCUUGACAUUGGUAUAUCGCUUCUUAGCGCAGGCGUGAACUCGGAUCGCCAGAUUCCCCCCAUUCGCGAUACACUUGUCCAGAUAUUCUAUCAAGCAGCGGAAGCGGCAGCCAAGGAACAGGCAAAAACAGCCUUCACCGGCACAUAUCAGUCCUCUUCAGGAAACUCUUCCAUCACACUGGCAGUCGACGGAGGCCCAGGAGUCGCGGUCACCAGCUGGACCAGCAAUGGGGUGAACUUCCUCGAUACCGUGUUGCUCUCAAGCUACAACAGCCUUCGUCUCUACCCAACAAAGCGUAAGACCGAAAAGGACGGCAUAGAGUACUAUGGGUACCACUUGGAGUUGCUGCCUAACAAUGGCGAACCGACCACAGCAGACUUUUGGAACCAUUUGGACGAAUGGUGGAUCCAGAUGGAUACUCUAAUCUACAACAAUCUGGCCACCGAUGCCUUUACGAUUGGAUUCGACAAGGAUGGUAUUGUGCAAAGUGUUGCGUCCCAGGCUCUGCGGACAAUAUUGUAUAGAAUCGCCUAA